AUGUCAGAUAGAGUUGACUGGUUACAAAGCCAAAAUGGAGUAUGCAAAGUUGAUGUCUAUUCUCCUGGAGACAGCCAGCCGCAGGACUCGAGAAUGGAGACCCCAAUGGAUCCUGUCCGAGUGCUCAGCUGGCUCCGUAGAGACCUGGAGAAAAGUACGGCAGGGUUCCAAGAUCUUAGGUUCAAGCCUGGAGAAUCAUCACUUGGAGGGGAAAUGAUCAACUCAGGAGACCCACGCAAAGGUUUCUCUGUAGACUAUUACAACACCACCAAUAAGGGCAGUCCAGGGAGAUUGCAUUUUGAGAUAACUCACAGAGAGAAACCUUCCCACGGCUCCACGGUCCCAACUGGCAGUGGAAGUUCCAUAGAUGAAGUUUCCUUCUAUGCUAACCGCCUCACAAAUCUAGUCAUAGCCAUGGCCCGCAAGGAGAUCAAUGAGAAGAUUGAUGGCUCUGAAAACAAAUGUAUCCAUCAGUCAUUGUACAUGGGGAACGAACCCCCACCCAGCAAAAGCCUGAAUAAGGUAGCAUCAGAGCUGGUGAAUGAGACUGUCUCUGCAUGUUCCAAGAGUGCUGCUUCAGACAAGGUUCCUGGCUCUGGAGACAGAGCCUCAGGAUCAAAUGUGAAAUACAAGACCACUUUGAAGAUGAAGGAGAGCACCGAGGAAAGCAAGAGUCCCAAUGACAAGCCUGCUUCUAGGAAGUCUUUCUUCUAUAAGGAAGUGUUUGAAUCUUGUAAUGCAGGUGAUGCCAGAGAGGGUAGAAAGUUCUUACCUGGGGAGAGAAAGAUGUUUCAAGGGCAGGAAAGGCCUGAUGACUUUACAGCUUCCAUUAGUGAAGGGAUCAUGACCUAUGCUAAUAGUGUGGUGUCUGAUAUGAUGGUCUCCAUCAUGAAGACACUGAAGAUCCAAGUGAAAGACACAACCAUCGCCACCAUCCUGCUGAAGAAGGUCCUGCUCAAGCAUGCGAAAGAGGUGGUCUCAGAUCUCAUUGACUCCUUCAUGAAGAACCUCCACAAUGUCACAGGGACCCUCAUGACUGACACAGACUUUGUCUCGGCUGUGAAAAGAAGUUUGUUCUCUCAUGGAAGCCAAAAGGCCACAGAUAUCAUGGAUGCCAUGCUGAGUAAGCUAUACAAUGUCAUGUUUGCCAAGAAGGUCCCUGAGAUUGUCAGGAAAAGCAAGGACAAGUCUGAGAGUUAUUCUCUUGUCUCCAUGAAAGGAAUGGGUGACCCUAAACACCGAAAUAUGAACUUUGCAAUGAAAUCUGAAGCUAAACUGAGAGAAAAAAUGUAUUCUCCUGUACCCAAACCAGAGAAGCCAAAGACUUGUGCUGAAACUCUGGGUGAACACAUUAUCAAAGAGGGAUUAUCCUUGUGGCAUAAAAAUCAGCAGAAAGAAUGUAAAUCUCCAGGUUUCCAGCGUGCAACAUUUGAAGCUCCCCACAAACCAUGUAAGCCUGUACCCGACUUUCCCUUUGAAUAUCUUCAAGAUCCUUGCAACUUCAGCCCCCCUGUCUGUUACCCAGAGACACCUGAGAAUUUCAUGUAUGAUUCAGACUCCUGGGCCAAGGACCUGAUCGUGUCUGCCCUACUUCUGAUUCAGUAUCACCUGGCCCAGGGAGGAAGAAUGGAUGCACAGAGCUUCCUCGAAGCUGCUGCCACCACCAACUUUCCCGCCAAGAAGUCCCCCGUAGUUCCUGAUGAGUCCUGCCUUAGGUCUCCUCAUGUGGUAGGUGACAAAGAACAAUCAGAAAAGAAGGAUCUUAUGAGUGUUUUCUUCAAUUUUAUCCGGAACUUACUUGGUGAGACCAUUUUCAAGAAUGACCAUAGCUGUCAACCCAACGUGCCAGAACAGCCAGUUAAAGAAGAAGAUAGCAACCCAUGUGAAAGACCUGCAACCCCUCCUCCUGUCAAACUAUGUGAAGGGGAUGAGGCUGGUGGUACCUUUUCCGGGCUGACUAAGAUGGUUGUCACCCAGCUAGAUGGCCAGAUGGGCGGGAAAAUGGUGGAUCACCUGGUGGACUCGGUGAUGAAGCUGUGUCUCAUUAUUGCCAAGUCCUGUGACUCUCCCUUGGCAGAGCUGGGAGAUGACAAGUGUGGAGAUGCCAACAUGCCAACAUCAGCCUUCGCAGACAAUUUAUAUGAGUGUUUACCAGUCAAGGGCACAGGGACAGCGGAAGCUCUCCUGCAGAAUGCCUACCAAGCAAUCCACAAUGAACUGAGAGGUAUAUCAGGACAGCCCCCUGAAGGGUGUGCAGCACCCAAGGUGAUUGUCCGCAAUCACAACCUAACGGAUACAGUUCAGAACAAGCAACUCCAAGCUGUCCUUCAAUGGGUGGCCGCCUCUGAGCUCAAUGUCCCUAUUUUGUACUUUGCUGGUGACGAUGAAGGGAUCCAGGAAAAGCUACUUCAGCUCUCAGCCGCUGCUGUGGACAAAGGACGCAGCGUGGGUGAGGUUCUGCAAUCCGUACUGCGCUAUGAGAAGGAGCGACAGCUAGAUGAGGCGGUGGGAAAUGUCACACGACUGCAGCUGCUGGAUUGGCUGAUGGUGAACCUGUGAUCGGCGCCCACCCACUACUUUCCCCUCUUCCAGCAGUGAGCCUGGCCCCUAUCCCCUCCCUUCUUUCUCCCUUCCACAGCUCCCCUCCACACCCUCGCAGAGCCCUAACAUUAUCUUCACGUCAAAGACAUGCCAUCUUAUGCUAGUCACUGGAUUUUGCAGAUUUUCCUGUCCAUGCGAGCAAGGACAUAAAUUAAAAAAUUACAAUUAAAGGGC